GGAGUCUUCCAGAAGUCGCCGGCAGACCCGUGCGGCUUGCAACUUAGCCACACUCCAGAAUAACAUCUUUUUAAGCCAUUAUUUUUGACAGUUGACGUUUAAUUUGUCUCACCAACUAACAGCCAAGAUGUCCGGCCUUGGGACACUCGCUUUUGAUGAGUAUGGAAGGCCCUUCAUCAUUAUUAAAGACCAGGAUAAGAAGACUCGGUUAUCUGGCAUUGAAGCACUGAAGUCACAUAUUAUGGCUGCCAAGGCUGUAGCGUCGACCCUUAAAACUUCUUUGGGACCCAAUGGCCUGGACAAGAUUAUGGUUGAUAGAGAUGGAGAGGUCACUGUUACUAAUGAUGGAGCCACUAUUCUCAGCAUGAUGGAUGUGGACCACCAAAUCGCCAAGAUUUUGGUGGAACUGUCCAAGUCCCAAGAUGAUGAGAUUGGUGACGGCACCACUGGAGUUGUUGUUCUGGCUGGUGCAUUACUGGAGCAGGCUGAGCAGCUGCUGGAUCGUGGGAUUCACCCCAUCAGAAUCUCUGACGGUUACGACCAGGCCGCACGCGAUGCCAUUGAGGAGCUCGACAAAAUGUCAGAGACCUUCCCCUUUGACCCAAACAACACAGAAUCACUCAUUCAGACUGCAAUGACAACCCUGGGAUCCAAAGUCAUUAACCGAUGCCACAGACAAAUGGCUGAGAUUGCUGUGAAUGCAAUUUUAACGGUGGCAGACAUGGAGAGGAAAGAUGUGGAUUUUGAACUCAUUAAGAUGGAAGGCAAGGUUGGAGGCAAACUGGAGGACACACAGCUCGUAAAGGGAGUCAUUGUCGACAAAGAGUUCAGCCAUCCGCAAAUGCCCAAAGAACUGAGAGAUGUCAAAAUUGCCAUCCUUACCUGUCCAUUUGAACCACCGAAGCCCAAGACCAAGCAUAAGUUGGAUGUUACUUCUGUUGAUGACUACAAAGCUCUCCAAAAAUAUGAAAAAGAAAAGUUUGAGGAGAUGAUCCAGCAGGUGAAAAGCAAUGGUGCAAAUUUAGCCAUUUGUCAAUGGGGCUUUGAUGACGAGGCCAACCACCUUUUGCUGCAGAAUGAACUUCCAGCUGUGCGCUGGGUGGGAGGGCCUGAGAUAGAGUUAAUUGCAAUAGCCACAGGGGGUCGCAUUGUGCCUAGGUUCUGUGAACUCACUCCAGAAAAGCUUGGCUCAGCUGGAUUGGUGAAGGAAAUCUCCUUUGGCACCACGAAGGACCGAAUGUUGGUUAUUAAAGAAUGCAAAAACACCAGAGCUGUUACCAUUUUCAUCCGUGGAGGCAACAAAAUGAUUAUUGAGGAAGCCAAGCGAGCUCUUCAUGACGCCCUUUGUGUGAUUCGUAAUUUGGUCAGAGAUAACCGUAUUGUGUAUGGUGGUGGUGCCUCUGAGAUCGCUUGUGCUCUGGCUGUUAAUCAAGCUGCCGACAAAUGCCCAUCUUUGGAGCAGUAUGCCAUGAGGGCAUUUGCUGAUGCACUUGAGGUAAUCCCCAUGGCUUUGGCUGAGAACAGUGGUCUGAACCCUAUCCAGACCAUGACAGAGGUCAGAGCCAAACAAGUUAAAGACAAAAAUCCUUUCCUGGGCAUUGACUGCCUUCAGAAAAACACAAAUGACAUGAAACAGCAGCAUGUAAUUGAGACUCUAAUUGGUAAGAAGCAGCAGAUCCUUCUGGCCACGCAAGUUGUGAAGAUGAUACUCAAAAUUGAUGACAUACGAAGCUCUGGAGAAAGUGAAGACUAGAACCUUAAAACUUUGCGCUUGGUUUUGUGUUGUUCAAUACAUAAACGUCUCUGUGUAGGCACUUUUUGCGCACUGCGUUGAAGCCACCCUGCAUAACUAUUUAUCAUUUGAUAAAAAAAUACCUCACUGUUGUGGUAUGAAAUCAUUAAAAACGUGGUCUGUUCAAA